AUUUAUCUAAUUCCCAAUUUCCAACUGCUGUAUUUUGAGUAUGUGCUGUGGGGCCCAACAAUGACACGUGUGUGCCCCGUAUGGGGUUUAAACCUCGUGCCCUUCAAAUGGUUCCUCACCCGCUGCCAUGUGAUUCACAAUUCCCCACCCUCCCUCUCCCGAGAGUUACAUCCACGCUCAACAAAUGGCUCAACCUUAGCGUCACGGUGAGACGCACUCGCAGCGGAGGCGCGUGGGCUAUGAGUAAAGCAAUGCAAUAACUGGGAAAACGAUGGAUAUAUAUUCUGGGAUAAACCAAAACGCAGUGAGGGACCAUAACUCACACUCAUCAAGAGUCAAUUGCAGCAUCUCCACACCCAACUCUUUCUUUAUUUAAUUUCCCCUAAAUCUCAGGUUUUCCAGGUUUUACAUUGGCUACUUUAUCAAAUCGAAAAAAGGAAACUUUACUGGGUAAUCUUUAUUUAUUUAUUUUAAAAAUCAUAAUGGAUGAAGAUAUGAUCAGCUCGGCUGAAUUCAACAGGAAAAGAAAAAUCCAAGGCGAACCGAUGGAAACCCCUCGUCCGAAGCACGUGUGCUGGGAUCAAAGAGCCGACCACGGUUCUUCGUCGUGUUCAGUUACCGAGCAAACGAAAUUAGUGACUAAAAACUUAUUAGGUGGAUCAGAUGCAGAAUUCUAUAAAGCUUACCCUUCGUACACAAACACAACACCCGUAUCUAUCGAGCCUUCGACUUCGUGCGUUAGUUGGGACGGAACUUCUUCAGCUGAGAUCAGUGUUUACUCUUUAGAGAGCAGAUCAGUCACAAAAUCGAGUACCGGAAAAUCGAAGCCUUUAUCCAUAUGUGAAGAACUCGAUUAUCUCCAUGAGGAUGAUCGAGAAUUUGGAGGUCAUGCUGAUGUCAGCUUCUCGGAACAUGAAAAUGAUGGGAUUAUCGAUCAGUUUACAGGUAAUGAUGCUUAUGUCCUCUCAUCUGGAAGGUGGCCAGUUCAUCAAGAUAAUCAAGAGGACACGAAGAAACUAACCAUUGAUAAGGAGUUCGAAGAGUACUUUUCGAUGCUUAUGAUGUAAUAUAUGGUAUGCACAAUAUAUUAAAAAAAAUAUAUAAAUAAAAAAAAUGUUCGAAUAAUUUGAGAUUUCUACUCUUUG